AUGGGGGAUGAAAACCAAACCGUAGACAUCCAGUUCCACUUUCACCCAUUUUCACCCAUUCUGGAGAUACAAAUACUUAUUUUUGCGGCUUUCCUGCUAAUGUAUAUUGGCAGUCUUAUUGGGAAUGCCACAAUCUUCCUCACUGACUGGGCAGAGCGAUCACUCCACACUCCCAUGUAUUUCUUUCUGGCCAAUCUGGCAGUCCUGGAGAUCUUUUACUCUUCCACUGUUGCCCCUCUUGCUUUGGUCAACCUCCUGACCAUGGGGAGAAUACCCAUCUCUUUCACAGGCUGUGGCACACAGAUGUUCUUCUUUGUCUUUCUGGGCAGUGCUGACUGUAUCCUCUUGGGGAUCAUGGCUUAUGAUCGGUUUGUAGCUAUUCGGGAUCCCCUGCGUUACACCCUGUGUGCCCAGCUGUGUGCCCAGCUGGCUAUGGGAGCCCUGGUCCUUGGUUUCAUUCUAGCCUUACAACUAACAGCUCUGAUUUUCCACCUGCCAUUUUGUGGCCACAACAGAAUUACUCACUUCUACUGUGAUGUGCUCCCCAUCCUGCGGUUGGCCUGUGGAGAUACUCGAAUGCAAGAAGCCAUGAUCUUCACUGUCAGUGUCAUCAUCCUUACCAUUCCCUUUUCCCUGAUCUCCAUCUCAUACAUCUUCAUCGUGGCCGCCAUUUUGAAGAUCCGCUCUGCAGAGGGGCGGCACAAGGCCUUCUCCACCUGCUCUUCUCAUCUAACCGUGGUUCUCCUCCAGUAUGGCUGCUGCAGCCUUAUCUAUUUACGCCCCAGCUCUAGCUACGACCCAGAAAUGGGUCGUGUGGUGUCUGUUGUUUACACUUUUGUCACCCCUGUCUUAAACCCCUUGAUUUACAGUAUGAGGAACAAGAAGCUGAAAGAUACACUAAAGAAGGUCAUGAAAAGACAUUUGCUGCACUAG